ACUUCUAUAUAAAUUUAUUUUUUUCGCGAUAUUUGUGAAAAUUGUGUAUACUAAACACGCCUUCUGUCUUUAACUCUGCAAUAAAUAAUAUAUACAAAUAUCUAAAUUAUUUUAUAUAAACUUUUAAUUUUAAUAAUCGAAAUAUAUAAAUAUGUUUGGUGGUACAAAGCCUACGUUUGGAUCUACCACCACAAACACUGGAUUUGGCACAUUUAGCAGUACGCCAACAACUGCGCCAUUCGGUCAGUCUGCAUUUGGAAAACCGGCGACAUCAGCUUUUGGCACGACAUCAACUUUUGGAGCUCAACAGCCCACCACGUCGUUAUUUGGUACUAAUGCAGCACAACAACAGACGACUGGUUUGUUUGGUGCGUCGAAUACAUCUUCAGCUUUUGGCGCAACAACAACAACGCAGCCAACUUUCGGUGGAUUUAGUCAACCGCAGCAAAAUACUUCAAUAUUUGGAACUACACAACCCGCUGCUAACACAAGUUCACUUUUUGGACAGUCUUCAACUUCAGCAUUUGGUUCUACAGUUAAACCAAGCGGUUUAGGUGGGUUUGGUCAAACAGCGCAACCUACCUCUUUAUUUGGGCAAACUGCACCAAGCACUUCUAGUUUUGGUAGUUUUGGUCAAACAGCUCCAGCAAAUACAAGUGUAUUUGGCAGUACAACAACGAGUGCUUUUGGACAAACUACUGCAGCGGCCGGUGGUGUGAAUUCCGGCAGUUCCAUCGCAAAAUAUCAACCAACAAUAGGCACUGAUACCCUUAUGAAAGGUGGCCAACCAAAUAAUGUUAAUACUAAACAACAUUGUAUAACUGCUAUGAAAGAGUAUGAAAAUAAAUCACUUGAAGAAUUACGUAUGGAAGAUUAUCUUGCCAAUCGAAAAGGACCACAGAGCGGUACUGCACCCGCCGGUGGAUUUUUUGGUACAAAUACGCAAGGUACACCAAGUACUGGACUUUUCGGUUCAACUACACAACCAACAACUGGUCUUUUCGGCCAACCUGCUGCCGGCGGUGAAAAUAAAAAUUUAUUUGGUACAAGUGCUUUUGGUCAGUCUACAACCUCUGCAUUUGGGCAAACACAACCACAGAGCAGCUUUUUGGCUAAACCAUUUGGUGCAACCGCGGGUUUUGGUACUACAACAACAGAUGCCGCAGCCAAUCCCUUUGGUCAAAAGCCUGCUUUUGGAGCUAGUACGACGGGUGGUUUAUUUGGACAAACACCUGCAGCUAGUACAGCACCUGCUUUCGGACAGACAACUACUGGAUUUGGUGGAUUUGGCAGCACUGCUGGUACACAACAAACUUCCUUAUUUGGCGCACCAGCUGCAGAUGCAAAUAAGCCAGCUUUUGGCUUAGGCGCAACAUCAACUGCGAACACAGGGUUUGGCGGAUUUGGAACACCUGCAACAAGUACAGCUGGAGGAGGACUAUUUGGUGCUAAGCCAACUACAGGAUUUGGAGCUACAACAGGAUUCGGAGCCACAUCUACAGCCAAUACCGGCUUCAACAAUUUUUCAAUGAAUAAUACUGGUGGCGGUUUAUUUAAUUCAAACCUCAAUAAACCGGCCACAUCCGCAUUCGGCGGCUUCAAUACCCAAACAUCUGCGGCACCAUUGAAUUUUAAUACAGGCUCUACGGGUACUUCACUUUUUGGCAAUACUGCUGCUAAACCAUUAUUUGGCAAUACACUUGGAAAUACGAGCACGGGAGGAGGAGGUCUUUUUGGUGGAACAACAGCAUUCGGUGUUAAUAAUUCUGUAGGCUUAGGUGGAAGCACACUUGGUGCGAACAAUUCUACAUUAGGAAUUUUAGGCGGAGCUGCACCUCAACAAGCUGUACCUAUACAUCAACAAAUUUUAUUGAAGGUUACUUCUCCUUAUGGUGAUAAUCCAAUAUUUAAGGACCUGAAAAGAACAGACGAGACAGAUGCAUCGCGACCAACAAAUCCUAUAGCGCAACAAACGUUACUGGAAUCGAAAAAUUCAGAUUUCAAAAUAUCAUCGAAAGCAAGUCAAUUUAGUAUAAAAGUUAAACCAGUUGGAAGCGCAUUAACGAAAAAGUCACUUUUUGAGGGAUUGGAAGAGUAUGAUUCAAGUGUUGAAAGUUUUAGCUUAAAACCCAAUGCUAGACGUUUGAUAAUUAAUCCAAAGCCGAAUACUUCAACACCAGAAGCUGCAAUAAAUAAUGAAAGGAAAACUAUAGAGAGUCCUUUGCGCCAAAUUAAUAAUUUAACUACUGGUUCAAAUGGUAAUGAACGUAAUGAUUCAUAUUAUGCUGAUAAUGCAGUAACAACACCGACGUCAAUUGCGGUUGCUACUAGCACUGCUGUAACAAAUGACAACGAUGCAAAUCGACGCGAAUCGUGGCUGCAUCCAAAUAAUUUGAAUAAAGUGCGACAGCAAAAUAAGGAUGCAGAAAAUAACGCAAAUCACAACAACACACUUAUAGAGUUAAUGCCACGUAAACCUAUAGAAACGUACCGUCCUGCAAGCAGAUUAUCAAUGUCUACAGUGCCUGAAAAUCCUUUUGAAGAAACAAGUGGAACUGUUCGUAGAGACACAUUAUCAUUUACAGAUAACAAUGAAAGUUUAUUUUCGAAUCGGUCUUUUGGUCAUGAUGAACGCUCAAUAAUAGACAAUCAAGAAGACUACGAAGAGCAUCCUACCGGUAUUACUCUAAGCAGAGUUGGAUAUUACACUAUACCACCAUUGGAAGAAUUGAAGUCAUAUAUAUCGGAAGAUGGCAGUUGCAUUGUACCAAACUUUACAGUUGGUCGGGAAGGUUAUGGUAAUGUAUAUUUUGCAAAAGAAAUGGAUGUGUCUAAUUUAAAUUUGGAUGAAAUUGUACACUUCCGUAACAAGGAAAUAAUAAUAUACCCUGACGAUGAUAAUAAACCACAAGUUGGUUACGGUUUAAAUCGUGAAGCUCAGGUUACUUUAGAUAAAGUUUGGCCACAUGAUAAAACAAAGCACGAACCCAUUAAAGAUCCAGAACGUUUAUUAGAAAUGGAUUGGGAGGCAAAAUUAAGAAAAGUUUGCGAUAAGAACGAUACACGCUUUAUUGAGUAUCGACCAGAAACUGGUAGUUGGGUAUUCCGUGUUAAACAUUUUUCAAAAUAUGGUUUAAAUGACAGCGAUGAAGAAGAUGAUCCAGUACCGACUGAUCCGAAAAAAGCAAAAUUAGUGCCAGGUGCAAAUCAACAACCUUUAGAUAAAACUAAAACAGUGGCAACAAAAAAAGUAAAUGGUGAUGCUACUGGUAUUGUCGAUCCCAAAAAUAAUGCAUCAGGAGCAACUGCUUAUUUUCCUAUGGAUGAAUCCGCAGAAUUUAUGUUCAUGGAUAAGACACAAUUUCUUCAAAACAAUUCCAAUGAUUAUAGUAUGUCAAUGCAGGAUAAAAAUGCGAACAAAUUCACAUAUAUGAGUCCCACUGCUGCUUUAGCUAAAGAAGCAGGCACCGAUGCACAUAAAGUACAAUUAAUGAAAGCAUAUUUAUUCGAUGAUGACGAUGAUAAGUCAAUUUCAUCCGAUAUUGAGAAUCAAUACACAUUUGAUCAAAACAGCAAUAAAGGGUCUGGGGCUUUGCGAAACUAUGAUAUGCGUUCCAAUGUUUUGCGUUCGCUACAUAAAGAAUCAACUGUAAAUCUCUCUGAUAAUUUUUCCGAAGCUUCAAGUCAAAUGGAUUUUGGUAUGCACGGUACUCCACUUCCACCAGAAUCGUCUGCAGCUUCAAUAUUAAGCAUACAACGUGAAUUACACACAAAAACACCAGUUGCUGAAAGUGAAGAUAACGCUCUUGUACCAGUAACAACACAGAAAUUCCCAAUAUUUGAUAUAAAACCAAAAGUAGCUCAGAUCAAAAGUUUUGCAUUCGAAUCACCACUUAACAAAUCAAUCGCUGGACACUUAAAAGGAAAAUGGGCAUCUGAUUUAGGCCUAUUUAACGCUAGACGUUUUAAAUUAGGUUUUGGACCACAAAAUACAUUAGUUGUUCCAAAUACAAAAAAUAAUAUUAUAAGAGAUAUAAAAGAAGAUAAUUUAUUAAGCAUAACACCGUUCCUUUUUAAACAACGAGCGCUUAAUGAUUACUCACCGACAAUUCUACAGCACAUAAAGAUUACAGCUACUGAAUGUUAUGACAAUUUCAAAGAUACUGUUGUAGAGCACUUGCAAAUCCAAUUACGUAGUUCACUACAGAAGGAUGUCGAAGGCAGUGAUUGUCCAUGGAUUAAGUCUGAUAAUGGUACAGAUUUAAUUGUCAAACAUCUAGAUGAAGCUAUUAAACAAAUCAAUAAUGGUAGUUUCGAAGAGUAUGCUGUGACGGUUUGGUCUCUUUGUUUGGCAUUGUGGGGUGAUCAUGAAGAACUAGAGGGUCAAGAUGCAGAUUCACAUUUUACUGUUAUGUGCCGUCGAUCUUUGUUGUCGAAGUGGUUGGAAAAUUUAUUAACCGACAGUGAUUUGUUAACAAAAAAUAUUACAACAAAUACAUAUUUAGAUCAUAUGCUAGCAUUAAUAAGCUGUCAUAAAGUAACAGAAGCGUGCGAAUUAGCUUUUCUGUAUGACGAACCCAAUUUAUCGCUUUUAUUAGCGCAAUUAUCUUCUGGGCCUGCUGUACGUCAAUUAAUGGAAGAUCAACUUGCUGCGUGGCACAAAAAUGAUGCUGAUAAAUUUAUUGCAUUAGAACGACUCAAAAUGUAUAUGCUAGUUGCUGGUAUAUCAAUUAUGGAUUCUGCACAUGGACCAAUAAAUAUAUUAGAGAAUAUUAGUUGGCUUAAAGCAUUAGCUAUUCAAUUGUGGUAUAUAUCACAACCAACUGCGUCUGUAACAGAUGCUUUGGCAGCAUACGAUAAAAGUUAUCAAAAUGAGGAGUACUUUUCAUUAGCGCCUACAGCACAUUAUUUAUCUUCUAAUAAUGAAGAGAAGAGCAUAGCGUCAAGAAUUUAUGACUUGCGUUAUCAUCUACUGAAACUUAACUCAAAACGUAGUUACCCGCUGGAGAGUUUAUUAAAUCCAGCAACACAUACUACGGAUCCAAUGGACUAUCGCUUGAGUUGGCUAUUAUUACAAACGCUUGAAGCGUUAGGCUACCAACAUUGUUCUGAAUCUUGUGUAAAUCAGUUACACAUAAGCUUCGCUGCACAAUUAGAAAAUAACGACCUUUGGGAAUGGGCAAUAUUUGUGUUGUUGCAUAUAAAGAACCGUAACAAUCGUGAAAUAGCCGUACAAAAUAUACUUUAUCGCUAUGUUAGUGUAUCUUAUGAGGUGUCCCUAAAUGAGAAAGAGAAAUUUGUGAUUAAUAACUUAGGUGUGCCAGAGAAAUGGAUUGAUUAUGCUAAGGCCGUUAAAGCGGGCGCUUUGCGUAAAUAUCAUUUGCAAGCCAAAUACUUAUUAAAAGCAAAACAAUGGAAUUUAGCGCAUGAAAUAAUUUAUCAACAUAUAGCACCAGAUGCGGUAAUAAAUGAUGAACUUGACUAUUUGCAUGAAUUGUUAAGUCAGUUUGAAACCGAAAAUGUUAAUAACUCAGUGAAAGUACCAAGUUGGAGUAAUCAGGGACAAAUUUUCUUGGAUUUCAUUGACAUAAAUGAAAAAUUUAAAAAUCUUAAAAGCCUUAGGAGUGAAGCGGAUAUUGAAGCUCGCUGGGAAAAUCUAAAGCAUCCAUUAGCAGAAUUAUGUUCACGUAUUAAUCUUCUGCCAUGCCCCACAGCUAAACAUCGUUUAUGCCAAAGUGAAAUUGCACAAAAUUUAGCAUGUUUAGUACGUGGCGUUUUGUUGGUUUGUAGUGGACUUAAUCCAUGCCAAAUUAUUAAAUUUGCAUUGGAACGUUUGCCUUUACCGCAAGAAUUCGCACAACAAGAGUUACGCGCAUUGCUGGACGCUAUAGUUGCCGAUAUGGGUAAAAUAAAUACAUUCGAUCGUGACGCAGUUAUCAUUAAAUGAUACAAUUACAAAUAAAUAAAAAACAAAUUUUUUUUAAGCUUGGAAGUAUGUAUCAUAUAUAUGUGUAUUAAAUAUUGUAAUUAACUUCAUUUGUUACAUCAUUAGGUUAUUUUAUUUAGUUUAAAUUAAGAAUCAAAGUUUAAUUUUUUAUACACAUUAAUAACAGUUUGUAUCUUAAAUUUAGUUCAUUUGCAAAGCAUAUUUGU